AUUAAUGAUGAGUGUGGGCAGGUUACUCAGAACUGAGGCUUUAUCUUGGAUGUCAAAUGUAGACAAUGUGACUGGGGCCCAUUCCCAGGAUUUAGUCCUGCAGCCUAUUUGGGACUACCUCCGUCAGAACCACCACGACCUCAUAAGAAGCCCUCUCUUCCCUGUGGUCCUCUCAGUCACUGCCUAUUUCCUUCUGGUUGUUCUUUACACUGCGUUGGACCUGCUGGCUCCCACCUGGCCUUGCAUCAACCGCUACAGGCUGCAUCCUGACAGACCCAUCACCUGGCCUAACAUCUGGACCACCCUGGGUGUCACCAUUUACAACCACCUGCUUUACAUUUUCCCUGCUGCAGUUGCACAGUGGCUAUGGAGGCCACCGACGCCUCUGCCCCCCUCUGCCCCCACUCUCUUCAGUUUCUUUCUGGGCAUUCUGGGCUGUAUGGUGGUCUUUGACUUCCAGUACUACUUAUGGCACCUGCUGCAUCACCGGGUUCCUUGGUUGUACCGCACCUUCCACGCCAUCCACCACCAGUACAACCAGCCUUUCAGCCUUGUCACCCAGUACUUGUCUGGAUGGGAGUUAUUUAGUGUGGGGUUCUGGGCCACAGUAGACCCCAUCCUGCUGCAGUGCCACUGCCUCACGGCAUGGAGCUUCAUGGUAUUCAAUGUCUACGUUUCCACUGAGGAUCACUGUGGCUAUGACUUCCCUUGGGCCACACAUAACCUGGUGCCCUUUGGCCUCUGGGGUGGUGCACCGAAGCAUGACGCUCACCACCAGCGACCUGGCACCAACUUCGCCCCAUUCUUCUCUCACUGGGACUUGCUAGGGGGCACCCACACUGUGCUAGCCGCCUCCAGCCACUCUGCCACAGGAGAGUCAGAUGAGAUGAAAGGCAGAAAAGACUGA